AUGGGAGAUAAAUCUAAAACUAAGGAUAAAAAAAAGGAUAAAGAUAAAGGCAAAGACGAAGAACCAAAAUGUGAUCCACGCAAUUACUCUAGAUAUUACGAUACGCCUGAUGGGUGCGACGUGGAAACGAAGAUCAUGGUUGCCAGUCGUUACGGCAUCGUCGCUGGUCUCAUCGCCGGCACUUACGACGUUCUCAUGUUUUCUCAUGUCGUUGGUUUGUCUCCCAUAAUGAAGCGGUAUGCUCGCCAUGCCGUCCCUCUUGGCCUCAUGGGAGCUACUUUCGCUGUGGUCGCCAAUGGUAUGCUGCAUGCGAGGGACGCUGAUGACCCGCUUAAUUAUUUUGUUGGAGGUGCAGCCUGUGGACCUCUGGUUGCCUGGUACUUUCGCUCUUACCACGGUUUGGUUCCUGGAGCGCUGGCCCUCGGCAUGGCAGCGGUCGUGAAGAAGGAGGCCGUCGAUAGAGACUUCACUUUAAACCGCGCGUUACCCAACCACAUGAACCUGGUCAACAGCUGGCGACACGACUGGACGAUUAUCCCAGAUCCCCGUGAUGAAAUGCGACACACUUGCGACGACGACUUUGACCUUGAUUGUGAUGAUGAUGACGAUGAAGGAGCAGGAGCAAAGAACAAGAAAAAGAAGAAGAAGAAGAAGAAAAAGAAGAAGAAAUAG